UGUGAGAGGAAGGCAGCCGGCUGCUGAAUUAGCUUCUGCUGGAAUGUGUUCAUCUGUAACAUCUCACUGACUGGAUGACAUCACAACAGCUUCAGGUCCUUGAAAGUCUUGAGGAUGAUUAGCUGAAGGAAUUGGCUAUUUCUGCCAAUCAUAACCCGGCAGAGCUGCCUUCAUAGUUCUGGAGAUAGGAGAGAAAGAGGGAGGAAGGGAGGGAGGGAAAGACUCCAGCUAGGCAAGAGGCACAGCAGCAGUGGCAGAAGCAGACAGAGCAGCUGGUAUUCGGUGAUUAAAUAGUUCUCAUAGCCUUUUUGCUGUACCCAGCCUGCUCCCUGGUGUACUGCUCGUGUCCGAGAAGGAGGCUGCAUUUUAACGGUGUGCUGAACAGAGGUCUGAAUCAUUCCAGCUGGCUGCUUGUUUUGAAAAGGACAAUGUGUGUAUAAAUAAAAAGACCGCUGGAAGGGUUCAGACACCAGCACCGGAGCUGAGGAGUGCUCUCGGGAUCCUGUUGAGGCAGAUGGCACGGACUGAAAGCUCCGCUAAUUACCGUGGAGCCAAGUAAACCUGAAUUCUGGAUAUCUCAUUUUCUAACUCCGGAUAAACUCAAGUUAGGAAAAGAAAAAAAAUAAUAUUGAAAUGCUUCUCUAGAAAAGAUAAUAACGCGAGGAUAACAGAAAAACGGAAGGAAGUAAUGCUGUGUAACAAAUAGCAAGGAGCUGAACGGCAGCAAUACUUGAAAUGCUUAAAGGACUCUGCAGCAAUUCUUGGUAUUGGAUAUAGCAUCUCAACUGUUGCCUUCCUGUUCCACUGCCUACCAGAUUUGACUCAUUUGUGACCCCUUCGAAAAUCUCCCAUGAUUUGCAAUGGUUACAUGAAUGUCUGGGAAGGGAAAUUUACAACACCUUACUCUAUGUUUUCCAUGGCACAUUAAGAAAAGAAGCCAAAAAGUUCCCAAAGCAUUGAUUUUGUUUUUUAAAAUGAAUCUUAUUUUGAGGUUUCGAAGAAGCUUUCGAACACUGAUUGUUCUCUUAGCUACCUUUUGCCUGGUGAGCAUUGUCAUUUCUGCCUACUUCCUGUACUCGGGCUACAAACAAGAAAUGACACUUAUUGAAACUACUGCGGAAGCAGAGUGCGCUGACAUCAAAAUCCUCCCUUAUCGGUCCAUAGACCUGAAAACCAUCAAGCCUAUUGACACAUCCAAAACUGACCCCACUGUCCUUCUCUUUGUAGAGAGCCAGUAUUCACAACUCGGUCAAGAUAUUAUAGCAAUCUUGGAGUCCAGCCGUUUUCAGUACCAGAUGGUCAUUGCUCCAGGCAAGGGAGACAUACCACCUCUUACCGAUAGUGGCAAAGGGAAGUACACACUGAUUAUUUAUGAAAAUAUUCUGAAGUACGUCAGCAUGGAUUCAUGGAACCGGGAGCUCCUAGAAAAAUACUGUAUAGAAUACAGUGUUAGCAUAAUUGGUUUUCAUAAAGCCAACGAGAACAGCUUACCAACUACACAAUUGAAAGGGUUUCCUUUGAAUUUAUUCAAUAAUCUAGCUCUGAAGGACUGUGCUGUGAACCCUCAGUCUCCUCUGCUGCAUAUUACCAAAGGCCCAAAGGUUGAAAAAGGACCGCUUCCUGGGGAAGACUGGACAGUUUUCCAAUAUAACCAUUCUACCUACCAGCCAGUGCUUUUAACUGAGUUACAGACAGAGAAGACAACCUCUUUCUUGUCCAGCAAAACACUUUAUGCGACAAUAAUUCAGGAUCUGGGGCUUCAUGAUGGGAUCCAGCGAGUUCUUUUUGGCAACAACUUGAACUUUUGGUUGCACAAGCUCAUCUUCAUAGAUGCCAUCUCCUUCUUGUCUGGGAAGAGGCUGACAUUGUCCUUGGACAGAUACAUCCUUGUGGACAUUGAUGACAUAUUUGUGGGGAAGGAGGGAACAAGGAUGAAUGUCAAAGAUGUGAAGGCAUUACUAGAGACUCAAAAUUUACUGCGCACUCAGGUUGCAAAUUUUACCUUCAACCUUGGAUUUUCAGGGAAGUUUUACCACACAGGGACGGAAGAGGAAGAUGAAGGGGAUGACCUUCUGCUGAGCUCUGUGGAUGAGUUCUGGUGGUUUCCCCACAUGUGGAGUCACAUGCAGCCCCACCUCUUCCACAAUGAGUCCUCUUUAGUGGAGCAGAUGAUUCUCAACAAAGAAUUUGCCCUGGAACAUGGAAUACCGAUCAACCUGGGCUAUGCCGUGGCCCCACAUCACUCAGGGGUCUACCCGGUCCAUAUUCAGCUGUAUGCAGCUUGGAAGAAGGUCUGGGGUAUUCAGGUCACCAGCACUGAAGAGUAUCCACAUCUGAAACCCGCACGGUACAGGAAGGGCUUCAUUCACAACAGCAUCAUGGUCCUCCCUCGACAGACCUGUGGGCUGUUCACACAUACGAUUUUCUACAAGGAGUAUCCAGGAGGACCCCAAGAAUUGGAUAAAAGUAUCAAAGGAGGUGAACUUUUCCUCACAAUCCUUCUAAACCCAAUCAGCAUUUUCAUGACACAUCUAUCUAACUAUGGGAAUGAUCGCCUAGGCUUGUACACCUUCGUGAACUUGGCUAACUUUGUGCACAGCUGGACCAACCUGAAACUGCAAACUCUGCCUCCAGUGCAGCUGGCCCACAAGUAUUUCCAGCUAUUCCCGGAGCAGAAAGACCCUCUCUGGCAGAAUCCAUGUGAUGAUAAACGACACAAAGACAUCUGGUCCAGGGAGAAAACCUGUGAUCAUUUACCAAAAUUCCUUGUAAUCGGGCCACAGAAAACAGGAACAACUGCACUUUAUUUAUUUCUUCUUAUGCACCCUUCCAUCAUCAGCAAUCUCCCAAGCCCAAAAACAUUUGAAGAGGUUCAAUUUUUUAAUGGCAACAACUAUCACAAGGGAAUUGAGUGGUAUAUGGACUUUUUCCCCACUCCCUCCAACAUUACUACUGAUUUUCUGUUUGAGAAGAGUGCUAACUACUUCCACUCGGAAGAGGCUCCCAAAAGAGCGGCAUCUCUUGUUCCCAAAGCCAAGAUCAUUACUAUCCUCAUAGAUCCCUCGGACAGGGCAUAUUCCUGGUACCAGCACCAGCGAUCUCAUGAAGAUCCAGCUGCCCUGAGGUUCAAUUUCUAUGAAGUUAUCACAACAGGACACUGGGCCCCGCCUGAUUUAAAAACGUUGCAGAGGAGAUGUCUGAUACCUGGGUGGUAUGCCGUACACAUAGAAAGAUGGCUGGCCUACUUUUCUACUUCCCAGUUGCUAAUUAUUGAUGGACAACAGCUGAGAUCUGACCCAGCUACUGUGAUGGAUGAAGUCCAGAAGUUUCUGGGAGUUACACCUCAUUAUAAUUAUUCUGAAGCACUAACGUUUGAUCCCCAAAAGGGCUUUUGGUGUCAACUCCUGGAAGGAGGAAAAACCAAAUGCCUUGGGAAAAGCAAAGGCCGAAAAUACCCACCCAUGGAUCCAGAGUCUAGAACCUUCCUCUCCAAUUACUACCGCGACCACAACGUGGAGCUGUCGAAGCUGCUGCACAGGCUGGGGCAGCCUCUGCCCUCGUGGCUGAGACAGGAGCUGCAGAAGGUCAGAUAGCACCUGUGGGGAGAGCACCGCUAAGGAGAGAAGGCAAUCCACGCAACUUUGUCCUUUUCCCACACUUGUGAUUGUCCAGAGAGGAUUGUGAAUAAACUCCCUUCGCUGUUUUUCAUCAAAUGAAAGCAUUUAUGCACGCACUGGCAAUUAUUAGCAUUAAUCCUUACUUAAACGGCUUUUGGAAAACAAAAUAUGGGGUUUGUGGCAAUAUCCAGGUUCUAGUCUGGGGAUCAUCACACAGCUCACUUUUUCUGUUAUCCAGCUUUCAGGAUACCACUGGACUAAUGUUCUGACUAUAUGAAAAUUGCCCAUUAAAAAUGUGAGGGAAAAUCAGCACUGAAGUGUCUAUAAAUGAAUUCAGAUAUAACUCAGUGUCUGAAUUAAGGGCUAAUGUUUCAAAGCAUCAUUUAUCUGUUGGUCCAGAUAAGGGGUGUGGGCACGUUCCCUGAGUGGUCCAUGUCUUCACAAGGGCAUGCCAUCCUCGGAAAACUUUCCACGUGGUCCCUAGAGAGCUCCAGUAACACAGGAGAGUGUGAUUCUGAACCGCAGUAUCCUAGAAGGCGAAGAUCAUCUUUCACGUGCCCAUGAUCUUACCACAUUACCAAGCUAGGUCUUUCCACUUGGCAGUGAUGUAACACUGACAUAUAUUUUGUUUACUAUUCUAAAUAGGAAGAAAGAAAAGAUUUAUUGAAUGUAAGCACCGAGAUGUAUUUGCAGGUCUAAAUAGGCAUUGUGCCUUCUAUGUAAGAAAUAUGCCCAUCUCUUUAGAUCAUGAUGUGUGCUGCUGCUUCUACUAUAAUGAAGUUUUACUCUCUAAGAAAAUAUUUAAAACUUUAGUUAUAUCACAAACUUGCCUAUUUGAACAUCAUUAAUUCUCAAACUUGAACCGAAUUUCAUAGACCUAAAACUCACAAAUUAAUUUUAAGACCAGAAGUGCUAUUUUUGUUUUGAGUUACAGGUUCCUAUGGUAUUUGAAGGUUAUAUAAAGUCAUGUUCAGCUGGAAUUUUAUUCUCUUUCUCACAGAUGGUCUGGGAAAGCUUUAUUUAUCUUUUUAGUGACACAUGAAGGUAAAAUUUUACCUGAAGAGUCAACCAAGAUGACUUUGGGAAUACUACCCACAAAUCUUCCUCUAGAGCAAUUUUUUCUGGAAGCUGUUUUUGUUUUGUUUUGUUUUGUUUUGUUUUUGUCAGGGAGAUGGAUUAGGCAAACAAAUCAAAUUCAGCUAUUCUGAAGGAGCAUUGGUGUCUUUUUACAUACUGAAAAUCCAACUUCUCAUCUAUAUUUCAUUAUUUUUUUUCCUUAUUUUCUGUUUUUUUUUUUAUCACUAAGUGUCUAAAGACUCUUGACCUUUACCAGAAGAAAUGUAGGAUUAUUUUUCCUCUUUACUGAUAUGAAUCACAAUAAUUUCCCAGUUUCACUUUUAGCUCCAGGGCUUUUAAACUCUUACCCUUGUUACUUACAUAAGAGUGUUAUACAUUCCAUUAAAAUGGUGAAAUGAUAAUCACAAUUGUUCAUUUAGACCACUACUUCUUCGUCGCCAUUUUCCUCCCACUUGUAUUGUUGCUGCCACUUUUUCUUUUGUUUUGAGUGAGAUGAGCUAUUACUGUCUAGCCCAGCCUGACUUCAAACAUGCAAUCCUCUUGCCUCCCCAACUGGAACACUGGGAUUACAAGUGAGCAGUGCUGUGCCCAACUCCAAUUAUUAUUUUCUUGCCUGGGAGAAAACUCUCCUUUGCUACACAAGGGAUUAAAAUAAUAGAAUGAGAAGAUGAUGUUUUCAUAUCAAAUAAUAUUGAUACAACUCAAGAAUAUCCAACUCAUCACAAAUUUAGCAAUGACAUGAAUUUUCUGCCUUUUUCUCACAUUUUAAAAAUGUAUACAUAUCCGUUCCCCACCUACCAAUAACUGAAAACAAAAUGUCACCCACUUUUCUCUUUCUUUUGUGGUUAUUUCAAUCAUUAUGUAUAUUUUUCUUGCUAUCAAUGAUAAUGAAGUGAGUAGCUAUAUCAAUUAUGUAACAAACCUUCUUCUAAAAAAAUUUGAAGGAAUCUGUACUCUGAGACUUUGCACUGUAGGAACUGGAAAAUGUCAGCUUUAAUAGCUUCCUUAUAAAGAUUUCUCCUCGCUUUAGGAAUGCUUCAGAAUUUAAUAGUGUAAUUCUUUAGAAUUUUAAAUGACAUCUUCAGUUUUAAGCAUUAUACAUUUAUUUAAAUAUUAGAUUAUUUUCAUAAUAUCUGCUAGCAUAUUGGCAUGGUCUCUUCAUACCUUUCCAGACUUUCGGGUUCUUUCCUGACUUACAGUUGUCAGCUGCUUCAUUCUGUUAAAGGCAGAAAUAGUGUUCAAUUGUUUCAGAUACUAACUCCUAGAAGUUCGAUUAUAAAAGUUCGUCUAAAAUAAAAUUUUAGAUUCUAUUUCUCAAUGACCAAAACACAAUUUAAGAAGCAUGAAAAACAUCACUAUUAGUUUUAUGCACACACACACACACACACACACACACACAAACACACACAUCUAAUAGAUUUUGAUGCCUAAAUUUUAACAAAUCCAACUUACAUUUAGUCUUGUGCUGCUUUUUACAUAUUACUGCUUUAAUGAAAUACAAAGUGACCUGUAUGGUCUGUAUUCUAGACUUAUUGAUUGGUUUAUUUUAAAUUACAGGAAACAAUGUAUUUAUAUAGAAACAAAAUUAAGGCCUUCUAUUUCUGGUAGGGGCAGAAACUGUUGUUUGCCUGAGAAAGGUGGAGGAACUCAAAACUAACACUGGACAAAUGACUUCAUAAAGCAGACCAUCCAAUCUAGUCAUCUGUGCAUAUCAUUUUUCCCCAAAAUCGACUUUAGUAAUGCAGGUCUGACAGAAAA